AUGAAAGAUCUCAUGUCCUUGGUCAUCAAAGAGGAAGUAUUCAGAACCGUUGUUGCCCAUGUACGAGUCAUCGAGUUUCAGAAACGCGGUCUUCCCCACGCUCGCGUUGCAUUUUUCCUAGAUGAAGUCUCCAAGAAUGAUCUGCGUACUCCCGAAAACGUCGACCGCAUUAUCUCUGCCGAGAUCCCGUCUUCCCAAGAUCCAGAACUCCAAGAGGUCGUGCUCAAGCAUAUGAUUCACAAUCCAUGUGGAGAACACAAUCCAACAGCCGUGUGCAUGGGCGAGCGGUACUGCAGGAAAGGGUUUCCAAAAUCGUUCAAACACGAAACCAGCCAGUCCGACAGUGAGUACUACAUCACGUACCGAAGAAGGGCACCGUCUGCAGGUGGCGUCUCCAUCGAGCGACCCUCCCGUAUUGGCCUACGACAGCAACCCGUCGUGGUCGACAGCUCCUGGGUCGUUCCCCACAGUCCUGUGCUUCUACGAUCAUUCGCUUGCCAUUUGAAUGUGGAACUCUGCGUGUCACGCGUUGGCGGAAUCAAGUACCUCUUCAAGUAUGUGUGCAAGGGGCAAGACCGAGUGACCAUGGAAAUUACUGCCGAGAACGAGCGCUACGACGACAUCUCCAACUUCCAAGAUGCCAGAUACGUUUCCGCAUUGAAGGCCACAUGGAAGUUAUUCUCCUUUGAAAUUGUAGACAGCAAUCCUCCAGUAGUCAGGCUUGCAGUGCAUCUGCCCAACCACCAUACGGUGUACUUUGAGGAAGGGCGAGAGCAGGAGGCGGCGCUUCGACCAGCAACAGGCACGAAGCUGACCGAGUGGUUUAAAGCCAAUGAGAAGUACCCAAGCGCGAGGCAUAUUCGGUACCACAAGUUUCCAAGGUACUUUACGUGGAAGACACGCACCAAGUCAUGGAGUCCAAGAGCAACCCUGCGAAGACGGAACGCCAGCAGCGAAAAGGAAGCCUACGAUUUCAGUGGUACAGGUGCCAACGUAGUCGGUCGAAUCUACACUGUCAGUCCGAGGGAGGGUGAGCACUACUUUCUUCGCCUCCUCCUCACACAAGUGCCAGGGGCAACUCUCUUCGAGAACUUGCGAAAUAUCGACAGCGAGCAGGGCACCAGCUUCCGACAAGCUUGCUUACGACUCGGAUUGCUGGCCGACGAUGCCGAGUGGAAGCACGCAAUCCGAGAUUCAUUCCGGUCAAGCUUCGUUCCUCUUUCUCAUCUGUUUGCUACGAUUCUGGCACACUGCCAGCCUUCGGAUCCUCUCUCGCUGUGGAACGACCACCUGGACAUGUUUUUCACCGAUAUUCGCAAUCGUGCACGAGGACAACCCAUUCGAAGACAGCAGAUUCGCGAUGAUCACCACGCCACAUCUUACGUGCUUGGAGAGGUACAGGAGGCCCUGCAGACCGUGCGUUCCGAUUGGACGCUCGCAAAUUUCGGACUCCCACUGCCCGAUGACAGCCUGCCCGCUUUGGAACAGCAAGACGAGAUCGAGACCACCGAAGCACGAGCGCAGCAGUGGGAAGAGCGACUACAGACGUCGUUGCCGUUGUUGAACACAAAUCAACGCCAUUCCUUUGACUAA